AUGUCGAGAUCGCCUCAAUAUGCACCUUACUCACCCCAGACAAUCAAAGUUCACACCAUUCCGAUCGAAAGUUUCGAAACGCUAUCAUCAUAUCACAACAUUCAUUCCGUGCGCAUCACCUGGGUUGAUCUCAUCAACGCUACUGGCUUUCGUGUUGUCCCUCUCAAAUCCUUCUAUCGCCUCCUCGCCUCCUCCAGACCGGGCAUAACCAUCACCCAAUGUAUCUUCGGCUUCGUAAUUAACAGGGCCGCAUCUGGAUUUGGCCCUGUAGGGGAAUACCUGUUUGUGGUGGACUUGACAUCCAUGAGGUUGUGUUCCUACGCGCCGGGACAUGUGAGUAUCAUGGGCUGGUUCCAAGAUAAGGUCCCUGCUCCAGGCCGCGUCCUUGGCACGGGUGUGCCCAUGUGUCCACGAUCAACGCUGAAUCGUAUCGUCGACACCGCCAAAUCUUAUAACGCCGCGUUCCUUGUUGGAUUUGAGACCGAAUUCAUUCUCCUCAAAAGCACGAACCCGAUCGAGGCGGUCAAUCCACACGGGUGGAAUAGCGCGCUAGCGCUACCUUCCGGAACCAAGGAGACAGAAGUGAUUGAGGAGAUCGCGCGUGGACUUGUCGAUAGCGGAAUCGAACUGAUGAUGUAUCAUUCUGAAGCUGCGCCAGGGCAGUACGAGAUCGUGACAGGUCCACUCCCACCUCUUGAAGCUGCUGAUGCGCUCGUGCACACACGGGAGACGAUCACCAAUGUCGCAAGUAAACACGGGUUUCGUGCGACAUUUGCACCAAGGUUGCAUGUGGACAACUGUGGUAGUGCGGCUCACACUCACAUCUCCGUGCACCCCAUCGAUUCCAAGCAUCCAUCCGAACUUCAAAAUCUCAGCCAAUCGCCAGCAGGCACAUCAGACAAUCUCAUCACCCCUCUCGAAAGCGUCUUUUUAGCUGGAGUACUCAGACAUCUCCAAGCUUCCUGUGCAUUCACGCUCCCCUUGCGUGCCUCCUAUGCACGCAUGCUCGAUGGAAUUUGGAGCGGCGGGACAUGGGUCGCGUGGGGAAGGGAUAAUCGUGAGGCCCCCGUACGCUUGUGUGUUCCUGCUGCGUCUGUAGACGCAAAGCUCGCGACCAACGCUCCCUCGAAGAACCACUUCGAAAUCAAAUGUGUAGAUGGCACGUCCUCCCCUUACCUCGUUCUCGCCAGUCUCAUCGGCUCUGGUCUCCUUGGUAUCCAAUCUCAAUCGCCGCUCAUAGAGCAAGAUUGUGCUACGCCCCCUGCGUUGAUGACUGAGGCAGAAAGGGAGGCCGUGGGCGUUACGCGGCGGAUGCCGAUGUCUUGGGAGGAUGCAAGGGCCGCGCUAGUGGCAGACGAGGCAUUGAAGGGCAUUCUUGGAGACAUUGUAGACGGAUUCUUAUCAGUGGGGGAGACAUUGGAUGAACUUUUACACUCCCCGAAUGAGGCGGAAAGAGUACAGAUGCUUGUCGAGUACUAUUAA